AUGGAGCUCUUUCAACUCCGCCAAGGCGACACGGGCUCGUCCGCGGUACAGGUCGUCGCACUGACGACCCGUAUACAGCAACUGCAAACACACAUGGCACAGCAUAAGAAGGAUAAGCACAGCAAGCGCGGAUUGGAUGCACUCUACGUGCGACGACGAAAACUGUUGGAUUAUAUGGAACGCCGAGAAUUCGAAUCCUACCGACGGGUCGUCAAGACUCUGGGGUUGACGCGCUAA